CACAGGAAGCGCGUGAAAUCAGCAUUUAAAACACACGUUUCGUCAAGUUGGCAUUGUAUUAAUGAUUGUCCUCGGACUUUAUGAAUACUCCUAAACAUGGGAUAGCAUGGUGAACUGAUUUCACUUUACUUUAACCUUGACGCCAUGAUUUCGCUGUCAUGGAUGGAGCAUCUGAGCAGCUGCUGUGUCCUGUCGCAUGUAAACAUUGCAGCUUUGCUAGUGUUCUCGCUCGUGUUUUAUUUAGUUCAUGUUUAUCACAAACGACGGGACCUCUUUGCAAAUAUCCCACCAGGUCCGAAGCCGUGGCCGGUCGUCGGCAACUUCGGCCACUUGCUCAUCCCCUCUUUCAUCCGGAGGAGGUUUGGACAGCAACAGGACAGCACCGACAGAAACGCUAUGGCUGUGUUAACGGAACAAGCCAACACUUAUGGGAACGUGUAUAGCAUCUUUGUAGGGACUCAGUUGAUGGUUGUGCUUAAUGGCUAUGAAGUGGUGAAGGAUGCACUCUCAAACCAUCCCGAGGUGUUCUCCGACAGACCAGAUAUCCCCGCUAUCACCAUCAUGACGAAACGCAAAGGAAUAGUCUUUGCACCUUAUGGGCCAGUGUGGAGAAAGCAGCGCAAGUUCUGCCACAGCACACUCCGAAAGUUUGGCCUGGGGAAGCUGAGCCUGGAGCCUUGCAUCCUGCAGGGCCUGGCUACCAUCAAAACAGAGCUGCUGCAACUGAACAAGGAGUCCGGUGCUGAUGCCGCUGUGGACCUGGCCCCGCUGAUCAGCAACGCCGUGUCAAAUGUCAUCUGCUCGCUCAUCCUGGGACAGCGUUUCAAUCACGAAGACCGCGAGUUCCGCAACCUGCUGGACCUGAUGGAUCGUGGGCUGGAGAUCUGUGUGAACAGCUCUGCAGUGCUCAUCAACAUCUUCCCACUGCUGUACUACUGGCCUUUUGGGGUCUUCAAGGAGUUACGGCAGGUGGAAGGAGACAUCACAGUGUUCCUGAAGAGGAUUAUCGCAAAGCACCAUGAAACAUUAGAUCCGGACCACCCGAGGGAUCUUGUAGACAUAUACUUGCUGGAGAUGUUGGCCCAGCAAGCUGCUGGAGAGCAGGACAGCAGCUUCACAGAAGACUAUCUCUUUUAUAUAGUAGGAGAUCUCUUCAUCGCGGGCACUGACACCACCACUAAUUCUGUUUUGUGGAUUCUGCUCUACAUGGCCUUACACCCUGAUGUCCAAGACAAGGUCCAGGCAGAGAUUGAUGAAGUGGUCGGCACACAUCGCGUCUUGUCUUUGACUGAUAAGGGAACUUUGCCUUUUACUGAAGCCACCAUCAUGGAGGUGCAGAGACUGACUGUGGCGGUUCCUCUGGCCAUUCCUCACAUGGCCUCCGAGACAACGGAGUUCAGAGGCUACACUAUUCCCAAAGGAACUGUUAUUGUGCCCAACCUGUGGUCUGUCCAUAGAGAUCCCACUCAGUGGGACGACCCAGACAGGUUCAACCCAGCACGCUUCUUGGACGAUGAGGGGAAUUUGCUCAGGAAAGAGUGCUUUAUACCAUUCGGGAUUGGUCGCAGGGUGUGCAUGGGGGAACAGCUGGCGAAGAUGGAGCUGUUCCUGCAGGUGACCAGUUUACUGCAGGCCUUCAAAUUCAGACUCCCAGAGGGAACGCCUCCUCCUUCCCUGCGUGGACGAUUCGGCCUGACGCUGGCACCCUGCCCAUACACUGUGUGUGUGAGCCCUCGUAGAUGAAACAGUGGAAUAUUUUUGUAAAUCCAAUUACCUUUACCGACGAAGCUGUGGGUAAAGGUCGCCUGGAGAGACAAUGUGUCAACACUUCCUUAACAACUGGUUGCUUUCCAAACACUCUUAAAGAGGCAGGAGAGAACCCUCUUCUAAAGACACCCACACUCGACCCUGAACAACCCGCUCCUGCAGACACACUCUGUACAACAUCAGGAGGAUACGUCCCGUAUUGACUCAGAAGGCGACGCAGGUUCUUGUCCAGGCUCUCUUUGGAUUAUUUGAAUCUGUUGUACUGCACUUAAGAUGAUUUCAUCUAUUUGAAGCUAAUGUACUUGCAAGACAUUUCGGAGUAAUAUCCUUGUGAUUGUUUGCACCCUUUUGAAAGUCGCUUUGGAGAAAAGCUUAAUGAAAUGUAAUCUAAAAGCUGGAACCAGAAAAUGUUUCAUAUAUUUACUUGAUAAUCAAGUAAUUAUUAUCAAAAUGAUUUUUUCUAAUCAGCUCAACUCUGGUUAAUAAGGUCAGUAUUAUAUGCUAGAUGGCUUUAAUUUUGAAAGAUACCUCCUCGAAAUCUGUAUUUUAUGACGCAUGCUUUAUGGAAGUUAGCACAUUGCAUAAUGUUCAUGAAUAUAUACAUAUAUUUUUGAUUUUAUGUUUUUACUUUUUUCAAUGUUUUUGUUUAAAAUUGUUGACAUUGUAGCCCUGUAAAAAAAAAGUAUUAUUUUUAUCACGACAGUGGAAGGAAUGUUAGAAACUUGAAUACUGACACAAAUGUUAAACUAUCAUAAUUUAAAUCACUUUUUCUUUUAUUCUGAAAGAACAAACUAAUUACAAAAUCAAGAUAAUUUUGUCAUUUGUAAUUCUGAAAAAGAUAUUUGGAAAAAAAUACACACACAGUCCAAAUGGUUUUAUGAUAUAUAAUAAUAUAACUAUGGCAUGAGCCAUUCAACAUGAAUAUGUACUAGUUUCCCUAGGUAAUAAUUAAAAUAUUAUAUUAAAUGCAGGACUUUUUUUAUUUUUACAUGGACUCUAUUCUUCUCCGGAGUUGCCCAAGGUGUGAGGCGUCGGGCGGGUGUGGGGAUA